AUGCGACAGCAAAGGAUAGCAGAAGAGAUCAAACGGAAAUCUACGAACAAAAUGGAGAGGAAGAUGCGCUUUUUGCCGCUCUCCCUGUUUUUCACUUGGACACUAGGCGACGAAGCCAUACUUUCGACGGUCGAUGUCGUCUGGGGAAGUUGCCAUCGAUAUAAUGAAAAAGAGCUUUUUCUUCAUGUCCUCAAUCUUGCAUGCCCGCUAGACUACGAUAAUAAAUGUGAUGAUCCCAUCAUGGAUCCAUACGGGCUGUUCAAGUACCGCUGUCAAACAGUCUAUCCAAAUGAUGACAAAUUGUUUACUGUUGACAUCGUCAAUGCCAGCACAUUGCUUCGAAUGUUACAACAUACUGAUCCUUAUAAAAGGACCUGGUGUAUGAUAACAUUGUUCUACUCUCCAACAUGUCCGUUUAGUGCCCGUUUAGCACCUCAUUUCAAUGCGCUUCCGCAGAUGUAUAAUGGUAGCAUCAAAUUUAUUGCUUUUGAUGCUACAGAAUUUACAAAAUUAAAUUCGCGGUAUGGUGUUUCUGGUACUCCUACUGUUAUGCUUUGGGUAAGUGGAGCCGCCGUAGCUCGAAUGGAGGAUCGAACUCUCAACGACAUGGGACUUAUGUCUUUCAUCUUUGAUUGGACGGAUGUGACGCCAUUGUUUGGAACUGCACGUAGUGCGGAAAGUCCACUUCACAUCGAAUAUGAUGAUCGUCCGGAUGUGUUCUAUCUAAGUCUAUCACUGCUUGUAGCUUUUGCAGUGGUCAUCUAUUGCUUGCGGGACCGGAUUUGUGAGAACACACGGGUAAGAACUGCGCUCACGUGGAUGGCCGCUAAAAUUGACGCUCUGGGCAAUUAUUUCGCUCCGCAACCUAGGCCAGAACAACGUCGAUGA